CCGCAAUUUGCGCAGUCGGAAAAGUACUACGACAAGGCGUUGCAGUUGAUCCCGGACUUCUGUCCGGCGCUGUCCUACAAGACGGAGUUGAAGCUCCAGAUGGGCGACCGGCUGGGGGCUUUUGAUUUGUUCCUCCAGGCCUGCAGUUCCUGCGGUCAAGACAGUAUCGACAUUCGCUCGGUGGUGUCCGGGUACGGGAAGAAAAAUUGGAAUUUGCCGUGCGGGACGGCUUGUACGGAUUUAGAAUCUACUAUUUCGUCGGGAAGCUGCGAAACCAGAGCCGACGCGGAAAGGCGGACCACGUUCGUCGCGGGCGCGAGUCUGGCGGCGGCGCCUACGGCGGCGUUACCAACCACGUCUUCGGGCACUACUGGCAGCGGGCAGACAUCCAGUAGCGGAGAUGGUAAUAACCCAGAGGUGGGCGCCAGUCGUGAGGAGGCAGCCACCAAAGCGAGCGGUGCGACGCUGCUCGGAUUUAGCCUCACGGACCCGCUGACCUUCGUGAUUCUUGGCGGCGCGGGGUUGGUGGUUCUCAUCCUACUGGCCGUGGCUGUAUCGAAGUUGUGUCGCAAAAACGCAGAAGACGGUGACCCCGAUUCAGGUAGCAUUCGUCAAGCGAGCAAACCUGCUUCGGUGUCGCCCUCAACAGCAGGAGCUGCAGAGGGGAACACGACCAGCAUCAAAGGCGGCCCGGAAACACAACAACCGGCAGCGAAGAAGAAGGACCCUCGCGCUUGGAACAGCAGUGGCACAGCCACCAGUGCAGAGAAGAGAAAGCAAGAGUACGAGCAGCGCCACGUAACCAACGCCAGUCGGUCGCGGGGCGACAAAAUUUCCCCGGAGAGCGACCGAAAUAGUAGCUCCGAGAGCAACGGGAAUGCCAAAACUGCGUCAAACGCGGGUCCCCGGGCACGCGGCGGCGCCGGAGCCACGACGAGUGC